UUCUCUAGUAAAGCAACCAUCAAACAACAAAACAAACAAAAUGUUCAAAUACUUCGCUCUCGCUUUCGUGGCCCUCUUCGCCUUCGCUGCUGCCGAACCUAAGCCCGCUGUUGUCGCAGCAUUGGCCUACUCUGCUCCAUUGGUUGCCUCGCCCUACGCCGCCGCCUACGCUUCCCCGUAUGUCGCUGCUCCUUAUGCCGCCUACGCCUCUCCCUAUGCUGCCUACUCCGCUUACCCAUACAGCGCCGCCUAUGUGCUCCGCAAGUGAAUGGAAUUUAGGAGAAGACAUGUGAUAGUAAUUAGAAAUGAUUGGUGAUUCGAAGGACAAAUUUUGACGGCACAAAAAUAAAACAAAAUAAAAUCGAAAAUGUUCGAAAUUUUAAUCAUUUAGUUGCUAGACAAUGCACUGUAAAUAUAGUUUAGUUAACUAUCACAAACAGGAAGCUCCCACAGAUAC